AGCUUCCGGUUUAGAGGUCAAGGACAUGAUAUAAAAUCUAACACUGAAAGCUGUCGUGUCUGACGAUACUUACCAAGAAAUGGGUCUUUUUCGACCCCCUUGCCUCAAAUUCUAUUCAUUAUACAGACACAAAAAAUUUCUUCAAGGAGUUAGGACUAAGAGGGAUAAACAUUUCUAUGAAUUUAAGGAGACAUUUUCCUAGUGUUUAAUAUUUUUAUUUUAUGAAUUUGGACUGAAAAUUUACGUACCACCAUGUUGUCUAUCAGCUGUUUUACUCGUACUGGGGUUAAACCCCAAAAAGUGAUAGUGUUCAGUCACAGGAAGUUCACAGACAAUUUUCACAAGCGUGCUUCGGUUGACAGUGAAUCUCGAGAAAGAUCAAGAUCUGUAACAGCAUUUUAUAACCAGAGUGCAAUAGAUAUAGCUGCUGAAAAGCGAUCAGUGAGACUAACACCUACAACAUUACUGUAUGCGGGGAAAGCUCAGGGUGCCAGCCAUUUACUGAAAAGUGCUCAGUAUUUACAUACAGAACUACCAGUGAGGAUUGCCCACAGAAUUACAGGCUUCAGGAACCUGCCGUUUAUUGUUGGAUGUAAUCCCAUCAUCAACCAAGUGCAUGAGAUGUAUAUAAAUGCUUUCCAGCUUCUGACAGAUUUUCCAAGAGUGGAGACUUUAGAACAGGAAGAAGAGUACUCUGCCCUGAUACGUAACUUGCUAGAUACACACGGUAAUGUUGUCACCUUAAUGGCGGAGGGAUUUGCUGAGAGCAGGAAGCAUAUAAAGGAUGAGAGCAUGAUUCGUCAAUUCCUUGACCGUACAUUAACAUCUCGUCUCGGGAUUCGUAUGCUGUGUGAACACCAUCUUGCUCUACGGGAUGAAAAGUAUUGGAAGAACUUUGCGCCAAACCAUGUGGGAAUCAUCAAUGUGAGUUUUUCUCCCAGCAAACUUAUUGAAAAGAAAGGCGAGUUUAUGAGAACUGUGUGUGAGGACAAGUAUGGCUCAGCACCAGAAGUUCGUAUUCUAGGCCAUGUUAAUGUCACCUUCCCAUAUAUUCCUCAACCACUCGACUAUAUCCUCGUAGAAAUACUAAAGAAUGCUCUGAGAGCAACAGUAGAGAACCAUAUAGACUCUAUAGAUAAUCUACCCCCUAUCACUGUAACCAUUGCCAACAAUGAUAUUGAUUUUAUCAUUAGGGUGUCAGAUCGUGGGGGUGGCAUCCCUCCCAAGAUUGUGAACAAUAUCUGGGACUAUAACUUUACCACUGCUGGGACCAUGCAAGACAACAGGGUGGACAGGGGUCUUCUUGGAGAAUUUGUAGAUCCUAGAAAUGCUGGAGGAGCUACAUCUUCUAGAAUGCAUGGGUAUGGCUUUGGUUUACCUGCAUCAAAAGCGUAUGCCGAGUAUUUAGGCGGCAGUAUAAGCAUGGAGACUAUGUAUGGUAUGGGAACGGAGGUAUACAUUCGUCUACGACAUAUUGACGGACAACAUGAAACAUUUCGUAUCUAGGUCAUGUUUCCUGUAUUGUUUGACUAGAAUUGACCAAGGGGACUUUAGUAUAUUGAUAUGGAAGUAUCUGCAGUCACACAGUUUUCUUUUAUGAAAGAUACUCGGAUGUUACAUUUACAAGAACUUUAUUACAGUAUAAUACUUGAAAUGUAAACGUUAAAGAAGAGUAAAUUUGCUUAACUUCCUUAUUAUUUUCUUUUUGUUUGAAAUGUUUCUUUAAAAAUCUUUUUAUGUUUUUCUUCUGAUGAAAUAUAUGUAAAUGAAACUGUUGCUUUGUUAAAAAUGUGCUUAGAAGAAAGACUAGUGUGAAUUAUGUAAUAGCUAUGUUAAGUGUAAUAUGCUUUUUUGUUCUGUGUCACAAAUUUACAUAAUUGUUCUUAUAGAUAUUGUAAUAAUAAGUGUGCUUUAAGGCUUUUCUUUGUAUUGUCUGCUUAUUUUCUAACUGGGUUGUAGGGAAAAUUGUCUUAUUUAAAUGGAAUGAUUUUCAUUGUUUAGAUAUAUAAGGUCCAUGUUACCUGAAUGUCCGCACGUGCGUGUGUUAAGAAAACAUAAAUUUUGUGAUUCUAUAAUAAACAGUCAUAAUAAUGUUUACAAGUUGCAAUGAUUUAUGCAUGAACUGAACAAAAGAGAUAAAAUAAAAUUGUGGUAGGAUUUAUCUUGUUGGCAAUAUAUCUUUAUUUUAGUUUUACUUUAAUGUUUUUACUUGUUUCUGAUAAUUUUUUGUAUUAUUUUGUAUAACAUGUACACUUUUCAGAGACUUGAAAUAUUUUGUUGUGUGAAUUAAAGUGACAUUAUGCUCACAUCAAUAAGAAUUAGUAAUAUAAUUCAAAAAUUUAGUAUGUACAAAAUUUAUCAAUAAUAACAAAUGUUUAGGUUAAAACAAAAAUAAAAACUACCUAAAUUAUUAAAAGUCUGCAUGUCCAACUUUUUUCAUCAAUUGGAGGUUAUCAAUAAAUUCUGAAACAAUAUUUAUAGAAAUUUCGAAAAGUCAUGUGGGAUUAAUUUUUUGGGGGGCAUAUUGACAUAUAAAUUUGAAAUCAGUUUUAGCAAAGUGUAAAGUUAUUUUGACUAUUUACUUUGCACUUGCCAUCUACACAUGGAUGGGCGUAAUGUCACUUUAAAGAUUUGGGGGAUUAAAUAAUCUCAGAAACUCUUCUCCUAUUGAAAUGUGAUUUAAUUUCUUCACCCUCCAUAAACAAUACUCUUAAAUUUAUAUUAUGUUUAUUUUAUUGAAAUCUUUAUUUUGGCAAAAUAUGUAUUUUUAUUUGAAUAGCAAGUUUAUUUUUCUGUGGCAAACGUUUUUGUUUUGUUUUCAAAAUGGCAUGGCAAAAUUAAGUAUGAAUCUCAAGGAUUUAAAAUCUUUCAUAAGAAUUUAACUUUCAUUGUAUUCUUGUUUCUUAACAGUUACUGUUUGAUUGUUUAUGUUUAUAUUUCUAUCAAGUCUGUAAAACUUUGAUGUUUUGAGAUAAUAAAUUAUUGUCAAUCAUAUAUUUCAUUUACAUUAUCUCAACUUUGAUACUGUAGUAAAGUUUUAAAACAGGAGAUUUUCUGUUUGACUUUAUAUAUAUAAAAUAUGAUUUCAUUCAAUACCACAUUUUGCCUCAUGUCAGCCAUUGUUUUACAUUUGUGAGUGAGAGUCAGGUUCUUGCAUUGUUUGUCAGAGUAUGAUUGAGUUUUCUCCCUUUUUACUGUAACAAUAAAAUACUGACAUGAUGGGAUUUUAAAUAUUGAGGUUAUUUAAGACUGUAUUGGUAUCUACUGUAUUUGUUCUUGUCUGUGUAACAUGUCUAUAUAAGUUGAUUUAUAGGGUGAUGGAUGUGUUGCCAAUUUGUUGUUUUUAUCUUGUUUCAUUUCUUCUUCUUUUUUUAAAUUAAAAUGUAUAAAGCUAUACCUGAUAAAAUAUACUGCAAAAUGUCAGUAAUGGUACUGUCAUGUUGUUUUCAUGGUCUGGAGAAAAACUGACUUGGUCAUUUAAAUUUACAACAAUCUGUUAUAGAAAAAAUUAUAAGUUUAACACUACUUGUUUGUCACAUAAAGAAUACAUUUUAACAAAUAUUUUACUGCAUAAUGUUUGACAUGUAACGAUAUAUAGAGGUAUGUAAAUAUGUGUAGAAUGUUCAGUGAAUAAAUAAUAUCAUGUUUUAUCUGAACAUUAUACAUUAAGUAUAAUUCUGUUUUUUGUGCUUUCCCUAAAACUAUUAUUCUGUUUUUUGUGCUUUCACUAAAACUAUAUUUCUGUUUUUUGUGCUUUCACUAAAAAGUAAGAAAAUUAACUUGAGUAUAAAUAAGUAGGUGCUACACAUAUGUAUCGUUUUUACAGUAGUCAGGUUGGCUAGUCAGUUAUGAAUUUUAUAAGUCAUCCAUGAAUUUUGUAAAUCAUUUGUGAACAUGUUAACUCUAAUAAAUGCCCCUCGUGUACAAAUCCUUUCAAAUUCAAGUCACACAUUGUUUUACCCUAGGUGUUGUGAUGUAAGACAUACAUCGGCAU